CUCAGGCAGGCUGGCGUGGGUGGGGGCUGAGCAGGAAGGCCACUGAGAGGGACCAAACAGGGGGACAGGAUGCUACUCAGCCAGCAGCCAUGGGAACCCAGGCUGUGCCCAGAGCCUGGCGUCUGCUGGCCCCACUGGCCACCACUCACCCUCCCGGGUCUGCAGAGACCUGGACUCUUGUCCUCUGGAGUGGGCUCCCGGUGCCGGGCCUGCCCAUGAGGGGCUGUCACAGAGGCAGCGGGGUGGCUGCAGCUCCCCUGCUCACCUCCCCCAGGAUGCUGCAGCCAGAAGGUCCCCAGGCCUCCGAGGAGGGGACAGCUGCUGGGACCCGGCGGGGCGACUGCAUCAUCUGCUACUCGGCCUACGACCUCACCGGGCACCUGCCACGCCGCCUCUACUGUGGCCACACGUUUUGCCAGGCGUGCGUGCGGCGUCUGGACACACGGACCAAUGAGCAGCGCUGGAUCCCCUGCCCGCAGUGCCGCCAGAGCACGCCCACGCCCCGUGGAGGGGUGGCCAUGCUGGACCUCGACCUGGCCACCUUCUUGGCAGUCAAGGCCGAGCGGGAGCCAUCUCACAUGGAGCCCCAGCCCCCUGCGCCCCUCAAAGGCAGCACUGCCAUCACUCAGCAGCCGGCCAGGCUCUGCCCCACCUUGGGCCCCCAGCCCGACUUCCCACAACCCAGAUGCUGCUGCUGGGGCUGCAGCAACCUCUGCUGGGAGCCUCCAGGCAGCCCUGAGGUCUGA